AUGCUGGCUGCGCGCAGGAUGGCACCGACCAAGGCGACACACGGCGCGCUGACGUUUGAGCUCUUGGCCGAGUGUUCGACGACGCGGGCACGCGCCUCGCUGCUGACGCUGCCGCACGGUCCAGUGGCGCUGCCGGUCUUCAUGCCGGUGGCGACGCAGGCAUCGCUCAAGGGUCUGACGCCGGGCCAGCUGGCCGACACGUCGUGCCGGCUCUGCCUCAACAACACGUACCAUCUCGGCCUGAAGCCGGGACAGGCGGUGCUGGAUGCCGUCGGCGGCGCCCACGCGCUGCAGAGCUGGCCGCACAACCUGCUGACCGACAGCGGCGGCUUCCAGAUGGUCUCGCUGCUGCAGCUGGCCACGGUGACGGAACAGGGCGUCCAGUUCCGGUCGCCACACGACGGCAGUCCCAUGCUGCUCACGCCCGAGCACUCGAUCCGCCUGCAGAACAGCAUCGGCUCCGACAUUGCCAUGCAGCUCGACGACGUCAUCGUCACGACCUCGCCAGACGCCGCCCGCAUGCGCGAAGCCGCCGAGCGCAGCGUCCGCUGGCUCGAUCGCUGUCUGGCCGCACACCAGCGGCCGGCCGACCAGAACCUCUUCUGCAUCGUCCAGGGCGGCCUCGACCUCGAUCUGCGCCGCACCUGUGCCGCCGCCAUGGUCGCCCGCGACACCCCCGGCAUCGCCAUCGGUGGCCUCUCCGGCGGCGAGGCCAAGUCCGACUACUGUCGCGUCGUCGCUGCUGUCGCUGCCGUUUUGCCCCCCCUCAAGCCGCGCUAUGUCAUGGGCAUCGGCUACCCCGAGGACCUCGUCGUCAGCGUCGCCCUCGGCGCCGACAUGUUCGACUGCGUCUGGCCUACACGCACGGCCCGCUUCGGCAACGCUGUUACCCGGCACGGCGUCCUCAACCUCAAGAAUCACCGCUAUGCUGCUGACUUUGGCCCGAUUGAACCCGGCUGCGGCUGCGAGGCUUGUCGCUGGGCCCUCGAUCCUGCUCCAACGGCCCAGGCGCCCACGCCCUCCCACACCCUCCGCAUCACCCGCGCCUUUGUCCACCACAAUGUCGCCAAGGAGACUGUCGCUGCCCAUCUGCUCACCAUGCACAAUGUCUGGUACCAGCUCAACCUCAUGCGCGAGGUCCGCGACGCCAUCCUGGCUGACCGCUUCCCUGCCUACAUCAAGGACUUCUUCGCCGCCCUCUACCCUGACAAGGCCAGCUAUCCCGAGUGGGCCGUCGAUGCCUUGGCCGGCGUGAACGUGGACCUGCGUUCGUGA